UUCUAGUUUAAAAGAUGACUUCUAGGAAGAAAGUGUUACUGAAAGUCAUCAUCCUCGGAGACUCUGGGGUGGGGAAGACAUCACUCAUGAACCAGUAUGUGAACAAGAAAUUUAGUAACCAGUACAAGGCUACGAUAGGUGCAGACUUCCUGACAAAAGAGGUCAUGGUGGAUGACAGGCUAGUGACAAUGCAGAUAUGGGAUACAGCAGGCCAAGAACGAUUCCAGUCUCUGGGAGUUGCCUUCUACAGGGGAGCAGACUGCUGUGUGCUGGUGUUUGAUGUCACAGCCCCUAACACAUUCAAAACCCUUGACAGCUGGAGGGACGAGUUUCUCAUUCAGGCCAGUCCAAGAGAUCCUGAGAACUUUCCCUUUGUUGUCCUGGGAAACAAGAUCGACCUAGAAAACAGACAAGUCACCACAAAACGGGCACAAGCCUGGUGCUACAGUAAAAACAACAUCCCCUACUUUGAAACCAGUGCCAAGGAGGCCAUCAACGUGGAACAAGCUUUCCAGACGAUUGCACGAAAUGCACUUAAACAGGAAACCGAAGUGGAGCUUUACAACGAAUUCCCCGAACCCAUCAAACUAGACAAGAACGACCGAGUGAAGGCUUCUGCGGAGAGCUGCAGCUGCUGAGGGAAGAGGGAGGGGUUGAGCACAGUCCUUCACAAACAAAUAUCACACUUAGGCCUUCAAACACACAGCCCCUCUUCUGUGUUUAAAAUGAAAAUUUAAAAAAAUUCCAUCUCCAGCUGCCAAAAUUCACCCAUCUCCCAUGAGCAUCUGAGAGCCCAGCACUUCAGAGCUCACAUCCCCGCACCAUCCACAUCACACUUCAUGGUAACAGACCUUUCUCUUAGUUUAAAAUGGAAAUU